AUGGGAACAAGAAUACACAUUGUGAGAGUGUGGAUAAACAUCGGCCUCUCUCUCUCUCUUUCGUUCCCCCCUCUCUCUCUCUCCCUCCUGAUCCCUCUCUCUCUCUCUCUUGAUCCCUUUUCUCUUUCUGUUGUUCCCCUCCUCUCUCUCUCUCUUGUUCCCUCUCUUGCGCCCUUCUCUAAAUCUAUUUCUCAUUUUCUCUCUUUGCUCACUCUCUUUCACUUGAUCCCUUCUCUCUUUCUGUUGCUCCCUCUAUCUCUUGUUCCCUCUCUUGUGCCCUUCUCUAAAUCUAUUGCGCUCUUUCUCUUUUGUUCCCUCUCUCUUUUGCUCCCUCUCUGUUACUCCACCUCUUUUUCUUCCUCUCUCUCUCUUGUUCCCCGAUCUCUCUUUUGCUCACCCUCUAUAUUUCAAUUCUUCUUUCUCUUUCUUUCUCUUGCUCCUCCUUUCUCUUGCUCCCUCACUUGCUCCCCUUCUCUCUCUUGCUCACACUCUCUCGUUCUUGUUCCCUCUCUCUCUCUCUCUCUUGUUUCUCCUCUCUCUCCUGCUCUCUCUCCCUCUCCCUCUCUCUAUCUCUCUCUCUCUAGCUCUCUCUCUCUCUCUUUCUCUCUCAACUAA